CUCGCGCGAGGACGUCUUCUCUAAUACUGCAAAGAGUGUCGUUUUGGAGUCGCGAUCAGAAACAGCAACAACCACAACCUGGCCAGUAAUUCUUACCAGUUUUAAGAAAGAGCGACGAAAAAAAAAUGAAGUAGUGUGAAAUAUUAUAUUUUAAUUUUGUGUGCGCGUGUGUGUGCGGUUCUCUUUAAUUUCGUUACACUUCUCUUUUUUUUUGCGAUUUUUGUUUAUGUGCCAAACUAGUUUCGAGUUAAUUGAAUUUGCGGCGCCGUUGUCAACCGAUCGUUGCUGAAAACGUAUUGCAGAAACAAUUAAAUGACGGAGAAUGAUUUAACAAAUAUUUAUGAAAAGGCUGUAAAAAAUGAAUUAAUUAAUUAAUUUAUAUCAAAUCAAAUAAUAUAUCGGAAAAUAUGGCUAGAAAACUAGUAAAAUGUGAAAGUGUGAUGAUAAAUCAAUAUAAAUAAGCAACAUAUAAUCUUUGCAAUUGUGAUGAUAACUCUAAGAAUUAAAAAAAAAGAUUUUAAAGUAAAACAUAAAAAUAUUCUUUUAACAUAAAAUGUCGCUAGUUGAACUGCAUUUACGAAUUACAACACACAAAAAUACAAAAUGCAUGCUGGUAUAGAUAUUAAAGUAACACAAAAUUAAAUAACUGAAAUCAAAAUGCCACAAAUGUGUGCAACAAAAGCCACAAUUAAAUAGGAAAAAAGCUGUGCAACCGGAAUACCGCAAAAAUUAAUGUGCCACAAAAAAAUGUCUUCAACCAAUUCAAUGUAAUGCCAAUUAAGCCAAAUUCGCAUUUAAGGCUUAUUUUUAAAGCUGCAAAAAUUCUGUGUGCAUAAAAAAAAUGUUAUAAAAAUGCAAAGAAACCUAAAGAAACCGACGGGAAAGACACCAGUGGGCAUUCAAUGAGAUCGACAGCAACAUGAGUAAAACGACAUCAGAAACUGGCAACUGUCAGUAAACUAGUAGCCUGCAAAUGCACCCGCAGCGAAGAUCGAAAAAAACAUUAAAAAAAGGAAAAAAAACUAAAUAAAUAUAUGUAUAGAUAAAAGGAAAAACAACAGCACUCCCUAGAGUUUAAAUUGCAGUUCGAAUUGCAGUCGUUGCCGGCGGCCUAAUUACGCAAUUAAAUUAUAUAUUUCGAGUGGCAUUUGGAGUGGGAAAAGUUCAAAGACCACAAAGGAACCUAAUGCAAAACAACAGGAGACGACUGGCCCAUCAUUUCUGAUCGAAGCUUUUGGCGCAUCAGCCACACCAUGUGCCAUGGAGAGCCUGGGCCUGGGCAGCAGACGCAACAAUGCCAGCAACUCGACGGGCGCCCCCACAACGGGCCAGGGGGGCGUGGUCGGGGGGGUCGGGGGCGUGGCCGGCAAGGUACUCGUACACACGAAGCUAAAACAGCAGCAGCAGCAGCAGCACUCGAAUCAGAAUUACUACACGCAACAGCAGUCGCAACUGCAGCGACUCAAGCAGCAGCAGCAAAAGUUGCAGCAGCAACAGCAGCAACAACAACAACAGCAACAACAGCAACAGCAACAACAGCAGCAGCAAUUGGAGGCGGUGCACGGGGGCGUGGCUAAGCAGUGCCUGCAGUUUCCACCACCACCGGACUAUCCACCACCCACCAGCACCACCGGUGGUGGUGGUGGUUGUGGUUCGCCGGUGAACACGCCUGGCAGGAGACAGCAACUGCCGCGGUAUCCCGAUCCAGAUCCGGAUGCCAUUGAGAUUUGCAAUGAGUCGGCGACGCUGGAGUCAUCACCAUAUCAUCUCAAGCAGCUGGCGGCGCGGCAUAGCAAGACGCUGGGCAGGAACAUCAGCCAUCAGCAGCAUCACCAUCACACUGUUCACCUGCAUCAUGACUACUCGUACGCCUACUACGAACCCGGUGCCGCCAUGAGGCACUCCAAUGUGCCGGGCGCUGUUUCCUCAGGCGGCGGCGGCGGAGGCGUUGCUGGAGGUGGUUCAUCGGUGGUGGACACCGCCACAGCCGCCUCGCCAACGGCAGAACCACCGCCGAACUCCAUACGCGCGCUGCUCUCCAAGGGCAAGAAGAACAAACAGCUGGUGAGCCCGGCCACCUUGCAGUCGUACCAAACGCGCUACCACAAGUUGACCAGCACCAGCACCAGCACCACCAAGUCGAGUGGCAUGGGUCAGAGCGAGAACUUCUACGAGGAGAUCAAUGCGGCUGCCCUGCAGACGAGCAGCGGUCACCAGCUGCGCAGUACAGUGGGCUCCCAUUCGGCUGGCUCGCUCAAUCAGACGCUGGUGGAGGAGGAGCUGCGUCGCGUGCAGAACAGACACCACAAGAUAUUGGGCGAACUCAAUUUGAGUGUGGAGGCCAUGCUGAUGCCGGAGAGUCCGCCCAAGUCCAUGGACCAGCCCCAGUCACAAGGAGCAGGAUCGGCGGUAACUGGCGGAGCAGAGGUCACUGCACCGCAGCCCAGUGUAAGUGUAACGGCAGCCAGUGGCCAACCGCCAACGAUUUUGGCCCGACUGACCUCCGCCUCGGCGGACAACAUCUGUGAUAGCGGCGGCGGCGGCGAGGCGGGGAAGAGAACCAAAGGAGCCACCGGCUGUCCUGGCGGCGCAGUGGAGCAGCUGCUGACCUCCACAUGCGGCGACUUGGACAGCGGCUUCAGUGGCAGCAGUGGCGCCAGUUACAUUGGCAGCCUGCGCCUGAGCAAAACGCAGCACAUCAAGUGCGCCCGCCAAACGCCCACAGUGGGCACUCAGAGCUGCCGUUCGUUCCAGCGAGCGGCCACUGUAUACGAUGAGGCGGGAAUGACUGGCAGUGGCAGUGGUGGUGGUGGUGGUCAGAGCGGCAGUAGCUUCCUGACGCGCGCCUCCUGUGGCCGCAGGAUACUCAGCUGCGCCAGGAUACGAGCCGCCGAGGAUCCGGGACCCAAUCACCGGAUCGCGAGUGGGAAUGGCAUCCAAACGGUGCAGACCACCGCCACGGAAUCGAAGGCCAGGAGCUUCUGGAGUCGCAAAGGAUGGCGGAAACUGCCGGGCUUCUCCACCUCAACGUCCAGCAUCAACGAUACGGGCUUAACGGAUGAACACAAAUUGAACUCUGGCUCAUGGGAGGACACCUUGGACGAGCCCCAUCACCACCACGCGCACCACUCGCACCACCAGCACCAUCUGCACCAGCACCAUCCGCACCUCAGUCAGCGGCAUCAGCAGCAGCUGCAUCAAAACUCGUUCAUUGGAUCACCGGCGUCCAGUGCCAGCAUCACCACCGCCCAGCUGCACAGCGCGUUUAGCCGGAGGAUCGCCGAGCAGCGGGAGCGAGAUCAGCGAGAUCAGCGCGAUCAGCGGGACGCAGCGGGCUGCACCGCAGCCACAAUUGCCGGCGGAAGCUUCAGCGCCAACGGUGGCCAGGCUGCCGUUGGUGUCGGCGUUGGUAGCAGCAGCAGCGAACGGGACACCAAAUCGCCGUGCCGCGAACGGGAUAGGAAUCUCGAGCGUGACAGGGAUCGCGAGCGGGAACGGGAACGGGAACGCGAGCACGAGGAACUGGGCGAGGAGGAGGAAGUUCUCACCGAGGAGGAGCAGACCAGCAGCAGCGUGAGUUCGCUAAGUGCCGGCAAUCAACGCAAUUCGCAAUUGCGUUCCACCUUCAACAAGGCCAAGCAGCAUUUGUCGUUUGACAAAUGGCGCACGGCCGCCACCGGAAGCGCAACAGGUUCCGCCUCCGGUCCAGGAUCAUCAACCACUGAGAGCAACAACGCCGCCGCCAGCAACAUGAUUAUGCGCCGUGCCAGUGCCUGCACAAUGCCAUCAACUGGCGGAGCAGGAGGAGGAGGAGGAGGAUCUGGUGGUGGUUCGCAGAGAGAAGAAGCCACCACACCGGGUGAAUCGCCCGGUGGACGUCUGUCCCGCUGGUUCUCCAUCAGGCGCGGCUCAUCGCAUCAGUACGAUGUGGGAGGACGCGAUGGCCGCCACUCGACAGCCUCCAGUUUUGAUACGCCCGAUUCGGGUACGGGAAAUUCCCCAAAGAACGGUUCCAAUGCGGCAGCUGGAGCCGGGGGAGCAGGAUCAUCCCAGGGAGUAGCGCUGGACGCAGCUUCGCCACAGAAAUUGGCCAAUUUGGGAGCCAGCAAAAUGAUGCCCGGAGUGCCAGAGUCGGAGGAUGAUGAGGCGACCGGCAAUCGCUUCGAUAUGGACCUCAUGAUGACGCCGGGCAGUCGGGCCAAUGGAACCGCUCGCACCGCCCACAACCGGCUGAUUGUGCCCAUGCUGCCCCCCGCCCCCGCCGGACUGUCCCAGCAGCAGCUGAAGCGGCGCCACAUCGUGGCAGCCAUCGUGCACAGUGAGAACUCGUAUGUGGCCACCCUGCAGCGACUAGUCAAUGAUUACAAGAAACCGCUGGAGGAGUGCAGUCCGCCGGUGCUGAAUCCGGUGAAGAUAGCCACGCUGUUCCAUUGCCUGCCGGACAUUCUGCACUCGCACAAGUUGUUCCGCAUCUCGUUGGCGGAGUGCGUCCGGAAUUGGGAUCGCGAUGAGAAGAUCGGUGAUUGCUUUGUGAGCGCAUUUGGAAAGCCGCAGCUACUAGAGAUCUACUCCGGUUUCAUCAACAACUUCUCGGCGGCCAUGGAGCUGGCCAAGAUGGAGGAGAAGCGCAAGUCGGCGCUGGCCGAUUUCUUCAAAGUCAAACAGAUCAGUGCCCACGAUCGGUUGUCGUUUUUCGGACUGAUGGUGAAGCCGGUGCAGCGUUUCCCCCAGUUCAUUCUCUUUCUGCAGGAUUUGCUUAAGUAUACGCCGCAGGGCCACCACGACAGGAUGUCGCUGCAGUUGGCCCUGUCGCAGCUGGAACUCCUGGCGGAGCUGCUCAACGAGAGCAAACGGGAGGCGGAGCAGUACCAGGCCUUCAAGGAGAUGCUUGGCCACAUCUCGGGCACCUUCAAUGCCCGCUCCUUGAGCUUGAGCAGCGUCAGUGUCAGUGACUCCGCCGGCGGCCAUCGACCCAGGUACUUACUCCGCGAGGACAACGUCACCCACAUGGAGUUCAACCAGGCCGGCUUCAUUGUCAAGUGCAAGCAGCGUCGGCUGCUUCUGCUCAACGACAAGGUCAUCUGCGUGUCGGUGGCGCCCAAGCAGUCGCACGAUUUCGGGGCCACCGAGAAGCUCACCUUCAAGUGGAUGUUCCCAGUCAACGAUGUGGAGAUUGUGGAUAACAGCACGUCGGCCACGCUCUCCCGGAUUCUCACGGCCGGUCUCAACCGCGGCGGCAGCUUGAAGUCCAAUGGCAGCAGUGGCGCCAAUGGCAGUCCGUAUGCGAAUAGCACUCUUCCCGGACAUGGAGGUGGCUCGUCUGGCUUCUCCGGUUUUGGAGAUCCGCACAGCUCGCCGGCCGCCCAGCUGACCAACGGGGCGGACAAUCUGUGCAGCGAGAUGAGCACGCUGAUGUACGACUACGAGGUGAUCUCCCGCAUUCAGGAUCUGGUGUCCAGUUUGAAGGGCAGCUACAAGGAGCUGAACGCGAAUACCACGCGCAACGUGCUCAACCUAAUUCAAGGCUCCAUCCAGCGCAAGGACGAGGAGAUGGCCUGGGUGGACUCCUGCUGCCUGCAGCUCAUCGGACGACACAAGUCCGGCAAGGAGGAAACCUUCACAUUCCAGACGCAGACGCCUGCGGUGAAGAAGGAGUGGAUCACAGAGUUGCGUCUGGCACAGCUGGCCCUUGAUCCGAACAAUUCGCCAGCCUGGGAACGUGGUGGCUCCCAUCCCCAGCCCGCCCAUCACCAUCCACAUCAUCAUCCGCUGCAGCAUACGCACACGGGUGCGGGCGAUCCCCGCCAGACGCAGGAGCAACUGCAGCUGCAGGAGGCCGUACAGCAGAAGCAGUCGCGCAAAAUGCCGCUCUUUGUCAAGGCGAUGCCUGUCUACAAAUCACAGCAUCAAACCGAGGUGCGCUGUGGAUGUUACUACAGCAUCGCCAAUGACACCAAACAGAGCGGAAACGCGCGACGCAGGCACAAGCAGCUGAAUUACCUGUGGAUGUGCAGCAGCGAUGGAACCUCCUCGCACAUCACCGUUCUGGCCCAACAUCCCCAGCAGGCGGGCAAUCUUCGCGAGGCGGGCGCCUUUGACAUUUUCGAGACACAGGUCUCUGCCAUGGAGUUCGUCAAGGGACUGGAUCAGCUGAGGUCGCGAGAUGAGCCGGCCAGUCUGCUGGGCGAUCUGGUUUGGCUGGGCACCGAUAGCCGCAAGAUUCUGGUCUAUUCCGCAAGGAAUCCCGAGCAGGAGGAGCAGCUGGGAAGCUAUUCGGUGCCGGGCGCAGUUCAGCGAAUCCUUUACCACUUCGAUGCGGUCUAUGUGGCUCUGUCGGGAGCCACGGUGCUGAUCUUUCGCCGAGGAAACGAUGGCGUCUGGCAGUUGCGCGACCCGCAGACUAUACGUCUCGGUGAUACCGAUCUGGUUGUGCCCAGCCUAUUGCCAAUCAACAUGUGCAUCUACGCCUCGUGCGGCAACCGUGUGUAUGUUAUGAACGCCCUGAAUGGCGAGAUCCAGCGAAGCUUUGAGGUGCAGCACGGGGCCACUCAGCAGGUGAAUCUAAUGGCCCACUCCGGCAUCGGACUGUGGAUCUCGCUGAAGAACUCGACGAUGUUGUGCCUGUACCACACGGAGACGUUUAAGCAUCUGCAGGACAUCAACAUAGCCUCCAGUGUGCUGCGACACGAUGGCAAAAAGGAGCAGCCGCUGAACAAUAGCUCCGUGUAUGUGACCGCCCUGAUGGCCUGCAAGGGGUUACUGUGGGUAGGCACCAAUGUGGGUAUCGCGGUGACCAUUCCGCUGCCCCGUCUGGAGGGUGUGCCCAUCAUCAGCGGCGGAAUCAACAUGUCCUGCCACGCACACUUUGGACCCAUCACCUUCUUGUUGCCACUGAUUCCAAAGGUCUAUCCCGCCUACAAGCCACCGACCGUGGGUGCAGCUCCAUUGGUGCCCAGCAUGGGAGAUGACCUCCAGCUGCCGGCCAUUGAUGCGGAUCCAAAGAUCCAGGAGCUGGACGACGGCGCUGUUGUGUUGCGUCGUGAUCUGGCCAAGGAAGAGAUGGUGGCCAGUAAUCCCGGAGCGGAUUCAACGGCCUCAUCACCGCGCAGCUCCAAGCUGGACAAGCAAAAUUCACUGGACCAGAGUUUCACUGCAAAAAUACGCGCUUCACUGGCCAAUUCGCCGGCUUUCCACCGCAAGCGUUUCCGCGAUGAUCCGAAUAGGAUGUCCAAAACUUUACCCCGUGGCCUGGGAGCUGCUGCAGCCGCCAGCGGAGCAGGAGGAGGCAGUGCAGCAGGAUCCGGAACUGCCAGUGGAAACACAUCGCAGCAUGGCGAGCACGGUAUUUGCGACGUUUACGGCCUGUAUGGCAAGCUGAUAUUCGUGAAGGAGGACUAUGAUGCAGAGGAGGGCAAUCAGGGCAACCUGAUGGACAUGAUGUAUGAGGGAAUGAGACGCUCGGAUCCAGAACUGGCAGCUAUACCCGGCAAGGUGUGCACCCUGGACAGGCGUUUGCGCAUGAAGGCAUCGCGACCGAGAUCGUUGGACCUGUCCAACUGGUCGGUGGACUCCAAGUCCUCCAGUCUGUACACGUCGUCGGGCAGCGAGGAGAGCAUGGGCAUCCGGCACUUUGGCGGACGUUCCGUGUCCCGCAACAGCAGCAGUGCCAGCCACAAGACCUCCGGCACAGGCAGUGAUCUGGGCAACAUAUCAGAGAACGGCCUCAUGACCACUGCCGACAUCCAUCACCAUCAGCAGCAGCAGCAGCAACAGCAGCAGCUGAAUAGCUCAGCCAAGCCGGAGGAGAUGAGCAGACUGGGUGCCGGGAACUCGGGACUGGACAAGCCAGCCGCCGCGGUGGCCACCUUAAAGCGAAAACAGAAGCAGAACACCAAGCAGCAGCAGCAACAGAACGCCGACGGACCGAGGACAGUGAUCACGCUGAUGGGCGGACGCGGCUACUGGCGCCAGAUGUGGUACAACGGGGCGGGUGGUUCGCCCAGCCAUAAGAACAGCAGCUCUGGCGGCGGAGGAGGCAGUGGCUCCGGUUUCAGUGGCCAAACAAUGCAGUCGGGCAAUCCCAGCUGCUCACCGCUGACGGCCAACUCCAAUGACGCCCACAUUGUGGUCUGGGAAAAGAAGUUAUAAUCGCAGGAGCUGGUGUGCUGCUGCACCCUUCAGCAGCAUCCCCACCAGCACCAUCCACCGCUUACCGAGCUGUGGCGCCGUGUGGGCGAGCAGCAUCAGCAGCACCACCAGUUGCAGCAGUUGCAGCAGGCGCAGCGUCGUGGACGUGGACGGGUCCGGUUCCGGGGAUCCUUUAUUCAGCGGGAUCGCAGUGCCGGCAGCGAUGGUGGCGCCGGUGCAUUGCCAGGUGCAGGUGCAGGUGGUGGCGGAUCGGGGGGCAUGUUGGGUGCCAGUCUGAAGCGACUGACCAAACUGAAGCGCGGCGGCAGCCUCAAGGAGUUCUAGAUUCGCGUGUACAUUGUUUUUCGAAAUUUAGUUUGUAGCACUUAGACUUACGUUUAGGCACAAAAAACCCGGCGGCCACCUAAAUCACUUGAUUUCUUUUGCGUUUGCUGUAAGCCGGAAUAUCGAAUAUAUUUAUUAGCGCCCUGUUUACGAUUCCAAUCCGAAUCGGAGAACCACUUAGCCACAAAGCUUCAAAUAUUUUCAUAUGUAAAGAUUUAUGGAUAAACUGUACUGAUUUCGUUUUUCAAAUUUCAAAACUAACUCUUUCUUUUUGAGUUUAUAAAACGCUGUCAUUUUGAUCAUUUCCUGCAAUUUGGAAAUCGAAGUUAAACAUUGUUAAUUUCUAAGUUAAUCACAUUUAACUGCACUUUUUCAAAAUUAAAGCUAAGAAUCUGCUAGCUUUCGGGAAAAGCUGAGUUUGAAUAGGGUUUGGAACCUGUAGCGGGCACAGUGGUGUAUAUAUAGCGAAUGUUUCUGAAGAAACCUAGUGUUUAGUCUGUGUUUUCUCAAACUUGAGCAGCCAACUAUCUCUAUUCGUUCUCGAUUCUUGCGUUAGAAUGUGAAACUUAGCCAUAGGGAAAUGUUUUUUUUUUUUCGUAUGUAGUUCAUAACUGAAUAUCCAAAUAUACAAGUUUUUUUUUUCGGUAGUUCUGUAAGCACAUUAUGUUACAUAGGCUAUAGUUAGAUGAUAAGCGAUGCAGCACACACACACAAGAGAGCGGCCAAGCCAACAAGCUAGGGGGAAAUGAUGUUGUCUGCAAAAUAAGAGAUAAGGCAAAACAAUCAAACAACAAUGCAUUGUUUGAGUAACUGUCGGGAAAAUGUCAAAAAAGAGCAGGACUUGUGGAUGGAGUGCGACAUGGUAAUGCAGAUGGUUGCUUGGCCCAUUCUACGACCAUGUGCAGCACUUCUUUUUUUUUGGGUUUUCUCAAGUUUUUCGAAGCGAAAACUCUGAGGCAGCUGGCAGCACUUUCCUUAUGUAUGUAUUAUAACGAAAUUAAUAUUUAACGUACUUCCCCUUUAUGGAUAAACCCCAUUUGUAGCACUCUAAUGCCUGUAUUUGUGAACAUUUACAACAAGCAAACAAAAAAUAAAAAAAAAACAAGUGUUUUUUUUUUGUCUGUCAAGUAAAUCUAAAUAUACCAGAGUAAUGAAGCGAACAAGGAAUAUCUUAUAUAUAUACACAAAAGCAUACUUAUAUACGAUUUACAAUUAUGAAAUAUACAUGUGCGUGUGUGCAACAUGAAUAUUUAGCUAAAAAUAAUAAUAAUAAAACAAAAUAAACAUAAUGUUUUAUCGAAGAUAUUUUUUGUGAACGAUAUCUUUUGGAUACACAUAUAGAAGUCAGGCAUAAUGCAAUUAUGUAACUUUUUAUAUCAUUGUGCAUAUUUACACACACACACCAACACACAUACGCGUUAACGCACUCAUCGACAUAUAUGAAAAUAAUAUAUUUACCUAUAUAUCACACAUAUUUACGGGUUCCCCGGGAAACCCACAUGUACAUGUACUUGGAUGGCAUAUUAUUCGGCUUCGAUUGUGAAUUAUCUAUCCACAGGGAAGCCAGUUGCUUUGUCGGUGUUAUACAACAAAAACAAAUUAAAACAAGAGCAUUGUAUGUAUUCAAGAACAAA